GCAAAAGCCGGAAAGCGGAAGUCGCGGCCGGCCGGCCGGCUGCACGGGAGUCUGCGGCUUGGCUCCCGCGGCUGAGUCAAGGCCGCCGGGCCGCCCGGCGAGGACGCUGCUCGCCCGGGCCUGGGGCUUUAAGCCCGGCUGUCGGCCUCUUGCUGUUGUCGUGGCGAAUGGCGGCCUAGCGAAACCCAGAUUCCCACCUCCCCUCUACACACACACUCGCUUCGCUUUAUCUUCCUCUCCCCGCUUCUCGGCGUAUUUUAGGGUCCACCCGGGUGGCCUCGCAGGCCGUGCAGGGCGGCAGGCGGCCCCCCUUCGACGCCGGGCGGCCAGCUAUCCCCGGGGCUGAGGCGGCCUCCGCGGUCUCCAUGGUAACGACCCCGCUGGCGUCUCCGCCUUGGGGGGAAGAUGCGGCCUGCGGGGCCAGCCGCCUUGCUCGGGGCCUCUCGGCCCGGCUGGGGCCACUGAGGAGGGAGGUCCCGGCCGCCGGACUGCCGGGCAGCGGGCACCAGUGAAAUCCCAUUCUCCGGCUGGAGACACAGAUGGCCUCAAAUGAGAGAGAUGCCAUAUCGUGGUACCAAAAGAAGAUUGGAGCAUAUGAUCAGCAGAUAUGGGAAAAGUCAAUCGAACAAACUCAGAUUAAGGGCUUCAAAAACAAACCAAAAAAGAUGGGUCAUAUAAAGCCAGAUUUAAUUGAUGUCGACUUAAUCAGAGGCUCAACAUUUGCCAAAGCCAAACCUGAAAUUCCGUGGACAUCUCUGACUCGGAAAGGAAUUGUUCGAGUUGUGUUUUUCCCAUUGUUCAGCAAUUGGUGGAUUCAGGUUACCUCUUUAAGAAUCUUCAUUUGGCUGCUAGUGCUUUACCUCAUGCAAGUUAUAGCACUUGUGUUAUAUUCUAUGAUGCCUAUUGUGAAUGUAAGCGAAGUACUUGGACCCUUGUGCCUUAUGUUACUCAUGGGAACUGUCCACUGUCAAAUUGUGUCUACUCAGAUAACAAAGCCACCAGGAAACAAUGGAAAUCGGAGAAGAAGAAAAUUACGAAAAACUGUAAAUGGUGAUGGGAACCGAGAAAAUGGAAAUAACUUCUCUGAUAAAGUCAAAGGAGUAGAAACCUUGGAAUCUGUGCCAUUUAUCAGUGGUUUUUGGGGUAAUCUCUUUGGCAACAGGGCUAAAAGAGUAAAAUUAAUAUGCAACAAAGGGACUGAAACUGACAAUGAUGUGAGCUGUCUGCAUCCUAUUAUUAAGAAGAGACAGGGUGAACCACAGAGUAAAAUGAGGCAAAAAAAAGAGAAAGCAAAAUUCUCAGAUGGAGAAAAAUGUCAUAGGGAGAAUUUUAGGCACUUGGGUAGUGGUAAUGGAGUGUCAGAUGAUCUGUCAAGCGAGGAAGAUUGUGAGGCCCGGACACAGAUGAUCUUAUUGCGUAGGAGUGUGGAAGGGGCCUCAAGCGACAAUGGUUGUGAAGUUAAGAAUAGAAAAUCAAUGCUUUCAAGGCACCUAAACUCUCAGGUGAAGAAAACCUCUACCAGGUGGUGUCAUAUUGUGCGUGAUUCAGAUAGUCUAGCUGAAUCAGAAUUUGAAUCAGCAGUCUUCAGCCAGGGAUCCAAAUCCGGUGUGUGUAGUGGCUCUCCAAUCCUGAAUAUGUUGAGAAGAGACUCAGAAAGUACCCGCCAUGACUCGGAGACAGAGGAUAUGUUAUGGGACGACCUGCUGCAUGGCCCAGAGUGCCGGUCAUCUGUCACCAGUGACAGUGAGGGUGCUAAUAUGAAUAACCUUCACUCAGGAACCAAACGGGACCCCAAAGAGGAUGUUUUCCAGCAGAACCAUUUAUUCUGGCUUCAGAACUCAAGCCCGGCCUCUGAUCGAGUUAGUGCAAUAAUCUGGGAAGGGACUGAGUGCAAAAAGAUGGAUAUGUCUGUGUUGGAAAUAAGUGGUAUCAUCAUGAGUAGGGUUAACGCAUAUCAGCAAGGAGUAGGUUAUCAGAUGCUGGGAAAUGCUGUCACUGUUGGAUUAGCAUUCUUUCCUUUCUUAUAUCGACUUUUCCGUGAGAAGAGCCUUGACCAGCUAAAGUCCAUUUCUGCUGAGGAGAUCUUGACUCUCUUUUGUGGCGCACCACCUGUCACACCUAUUAUUAUUUUGUCUAUAAUUAAUUUUUUUGAACGAUUGUGUCUUACAUGGAUGUUUUUUUUCAUGAUGUGUGUGGCUGAGAGAACAUAUAAACAGAGAUUUUUAUUUGCAAAACUCUUCAGCCAUAUUACUUCUGCCAGGAAAGCUAGGAAAUAUGAAAUACCUCAUUUCAGACUUAAAAAGGUGGAGAACAUUAAGAUAUGGUUAUCACUUCGUUCCUAUCUAAAGAGACGUGGUCCACAACGCUCGGUUGAUGUGGUUGUCUCUUCAGUUUUCUUACUAACACUUUCGAUUGCUUUCAUAUGUUGUGCUCAGGUUCUCCGAGGACAUAAAACUUUCCUGAAUGAUGCUUAUAAUUGGGAGUUUUUGAUCUGGGAAACGGCUUUACUACUUUUCUUACUGCGCCUGGCCUCAUUGGGAUCUGAAACUAAUAAGAAGUACAGCAAUGUUUCAAUAUUACUUACUGAACAGAUUAAUUUAUAUCUUAAGAUGGAAAAAAAGCCAAAUAAGAAAGAACAACUUACUUUAGUAAACAAUGUAUUAAAGUUGUCCACCAAACUGUUGAAAGAACUGGACACACCAUUUAGACUUUAUGGACUGACCAUGAACCCCCUUAUUUAUAACAUCACACGUGUAGUUAUCCUUUCUGCUGUCUCAGGUGUUAUAAGUGAUCUUCUAGGAUUUAAUAUAAGACUGUGGAAAAUUAAGUCAUAAGCUGAGCCAUAUGUCUGGACUUUCCCCUGCUGACACCAGUAGUUACCACCCAUGGAGGGAAGAGACGGCUGCAGAAACCAUGAUAUCCAUCUGCUUAUUCAUACCUCGGGCCUCAGCGCUGCCUAACCUAACACAUGGUGUCAUAAGAAGAGCAAAUCCUUUUCAACCUGGGCUUGCAUGCCAUAGACUCUACAUUUUAUAUUUUCAUGGUCUUCAAACAAUAUAAAUAGCCAGGAGACUAAAGACUGUUAUGGGAACACAGGAACAACUUUUUAAGUUAGGAAAAUUGAUUCUGGGCAUGUCAGUGUUGUGACGGUAUUUACUGGAAAUAGUCUUUUGGGUAACUCUGGUAGAUGCCCAAAGCAUGAAACAAAUAUUCUUUAUUAUAAAUAUGUAAAUUCAGUACUUUUCUAUAUAGGACAUUCUAUGGAAUUGGAGAUUUCAUUUCUCUAACAAAGAGGUCAAAUUAAAAAUAUUUUAGGCUGAACCCAAAUAAAAAAAAUUUACUGGAAA